AGGAACACAGAAUCGAGUAUAAAGCAUUGUUUUUAGUGGACAAUACCGAAGAAGAAAUGUGAUUGCAAUGGUGAUGCAGAUUUGGACCAUGGAGUGGACAAGAUGUUAUUUUUAAGACAAACCAGAUGCUCUUUUGUCAUGGCACUUAAUUUUCCUCCUUUUCUUCUAAUGUCAGGGGAUAUGAAACAAUCUAUUUCAAAUCCAACUUCUCAUAAAUGAAUGAAAAAUGUUUUAUUGCUAUUAGUAAUGUUUUCCAGAAAUUCCUGAUUUUAUUAAGUAAAAGCAUCUUAAUGAAGAAAUAGCAGAAUCUGGUUACGCCAUUCAUGUAAUUUUAAAAAAUCCAAGUAAAAUGAAGAAAAAGAAGACUAUCAUUUAUGCAAUAUUUAUUGCCAUUGGUGUAUAUAUGUGUGUCCAAGUAAGUUAUUUUAAUGAGGCAUAUAGCCCUCUCCAAGUUCUGUCAGAUGCCCGGAGUGAAGCAAAGCGUCUGCUUCGGUUUAUUACUCUACAACAUUUCCAAUGUAACUCCACUAUACAAAUCUCAAAUAACACAUACUGGCCCAUCUGUACAGAGAAGGAAGGAGGUGUUAACAUUGACACAAGGGGCAAGAAACUAGCAUAUUCUAUAGGACCUAAAGGUGAUUUAGAAUUUGAAAGGAUUAUUGCAAAAAAUUUGUCUUUUAAUCUGUACAUGUUUGGUACAGAUUUGCCAAGUUCUGACUUCUCUCUGUACUCGAACACCUCACGCAACAUGCAUAUGUCUGUUGUACCAAAUGAUCCGGCUGAUUUUGUACGCAACUCCUAUGAUACACAGACAGUUAAUAAUGUGAUGCUCAGUCUUGGCCAUACCUAUAUAGACAUCCUGAAGAUGGAUCACUUCAUGGACAGCAGUCAUUCACAUGAUGUCCUGUACUUCAUGAUCAAAGACAAGCUUCUUUCUCGUGUUGGACAACUCCAUAUUGCCCUCCACAUUGACAAAGUUGAUGAUGACUAUCUGUACAGUUGGUAUCGUGCUCUGUACAAUCUGUUCCAUGAUGCUGGAUUCCGUUUGUACCACACUGCUGCAAAUGACCAGCUCUGUCUUCAAGUCACCCUUAUGGAAUCCUGUGUUUAUUACAUGUCGUGGGUCAGGGACCCUGGUCCAAGAGCUUUUAUACUCUACCCACCUGCCCAGGAUGGAUCAGAGGAGUCAGAAGUGGAGCGUCUUGUGGACUAUCUGGAAAAUGAGGAUGCGUCUUGCUCUGAAAGUUUGGAUAUCAGAAUUAGUAAUUCCUUGCCCCUGGACAUCUGUUUGAAUGAAGGAUACUUACAUAAGCCUUGUAACAUCAUCAUUGUAAGGAACAAAGGUACAAGUAUUACAGUGUCCAGCCUGUCCAAAGGUCAAUGUCAUGCUGUGGUGCUGGAAACCCAAUUAUCUAGUUACAACUAUAACAUCAGUGAAUUCUUUGUGAAUGUUAAAGGGUCAUUGUUGCCUGCGAUGACCCACCACACCACCCUGAUUGAUGCAUUAGACCAACACCUUCACACAGGAAGUUCUAAUAUCCUGUACAUGGACAUGCCAGAACUGUUCUGGGACAUGAUUGGUCCUCUUCUUGACUCAGGACAUAUACAGAGUGUAAAUCAGCUGAUAGUAAAUGUUGAUGUUUGGAAUGAACUAAGUGUGAAGCCAUCACAUAAUAUUCGCAGAAGAUUCAGUGAACUUAAAAGAAUUGGAGCCUAUGGCUUCCAGAUUUACAAGUCAAUGACACUACUGGAUACCCAUGCUCUUCAUUUUCAGAGUAAUCUUAAAACAAACAGGAAAUGUUGUCAUAGAAUCAACUUUGUACGUACCAAGCAUGUCAGCAUUACAUAAUACACAAUGCUGGUUGUGAUAGAGUUUGUGAUGGAUGGAUGUGCUGUAGAGACCUGUUGGUAUAGUGUUAAUUGUGUUUAUUGAUUCAAGCUAUCGACUGAAAUGAAAGUGUUAAUAUGACUACGGAUUUGACUUUAUAAAUGAGCUCAAAACUGAACAAUCUGUGCCAUGCUGCAUUAAAUCACCAUCUUAUCUUAAUAUUUCCUACAUCUUCUUACAGUAUUGUCACUGGUAACAAACUAUGUCAGGCUAGCUAAAAUGUUAGUAAUAUGUUGUUUUUUUAUCAAAAAGUUGAUGAAAAAAUGCUGAGUAGUUAAAUGUAAUUUAAAAAUUAAAAAAUUAUUUAUUUUUAAUCAGGCAAGUCACAUGACUUUCCAUUUUUUGUUAACCAUAGAUAUUUUCAGUCUGUGGAAAUCCACGUGAUAGAUUAGGGAAUUUUAAGGUAUCAUUUUACUACAGAUAGCUGCUGUGAUGCAUAGAAAAUGUAUUUUGAUACAACCCCACAAAUAAUCCUGCUCCAGGUCUUUUUAUUUAAUGCAAAAAUAUCAUACAGUCCAACUUUUAAAAUGUAAGAAUUAUUUUAGAAGGUAGCAAUAUGAUAGCUGAAUAAGAUGAAUUGUAUUGGAGAUGAAAUGUAACUAAUAUACUUAGGAAUCAAUGGAUUGUUUGUUGUUAGCAACAUUUUUAGGUCACCUGAGACAAAAUCUCAUGGUGACCUAUUGUAAUCACCUUUUGUCCAGCAUUGUGUGUCACUAACUUUUAACAUUUUUGAUUUCAUCUGGAAAACUUUUGAACCAUUUUCAAUGCAAUAAUGCAGAAACCUUUCAUGGCCAUAGGUGUACCUAAAUUGUAAAUUGUACAGUCCCUACACCAUGUGGCCUGAUAGGUUGGGUCAAAAAGGGUCAAAUUGAUAGAAACUUAUAAAAUCUUUUUUUUCAAUACCAAAGUAUGGUGGAAUGAAAUACUCUUCAUGGAUAGAAAGGCCUUCAGAUGCUUUACAAAUAUUGUAAAUUUCAUGACCUGAAGGUUUCACAUUUCUCCAUGGGGAGGGGGUAAAAUACUAGUUUAUAAAGAAAAUAACAUUUUUGAACAUUAUUUUUGUAUUUUCUAUGAGAAAUAGUUCAAACUUUGUUAGAAUUAUUUGUGUAAGAUGACAAGUUUGAUGAUAUGCACAUAUUGAUUCUUGCUGAUCCCAGGGGCUGGUGGGCAGGUUUAAAAGGGGUCACAUUGACUCGUAUGUCAAAGAUCCUCUCAGUACUUGGAUAUGAUAGGAUCUAUUAAAUACUGUUGAUUGAUGGAAGAGUUCAAUAGGAAAAUUACGUUUUUGUGUGUAAUUUCCUUUAUUUCAAACUUGGUUAAAAGUCUUAGCACGGGACAGCAGUUAAUGUUUUGCACAGUUUACAUUUGCAUUACAUGUAUAUUGUAGUUAAAAUUAUCUAACUUGUAUUAACAAGAUUAUCUUUAAGAUGGAAACUUACCUAAAACUGACUUUGAGAAAGAAAAUCAAUUUUAAGAUUUUUUUCACCCGUUAAAAUACUGUACAAAUGAUUAUUUCCUUGGAUAGAUACAAAUGUUCUAUCCUUGUUUGAUACAUUGCUACAAAAUGAAGACCUUUCUUCCAAUAUGUGUUGUUGUGUAGACAAUUCAAUAAAUAAUUCAGAAUUAUAGGUAGGUGGUACAUAAAAUUGAACUUUUCAGAGACAUGCCUGUAAACUCAUCUUGUCUGAAGGAUCAAGAUGAGCUUCUGCCAUACCAUGUCGUCCCUUUGUCAGUCCUCCAUUUUAGAAUCCGUCAUUAUGAGUGCCCCAAUUCUCUUGGUAGAGCAAAUUCUUUAAAUCCUACUGUAGAAAUGAUAGGUUUUUGACCCAAUUUCUUUUGAAACAUUCUAGGAUGAAAGAGACUUUCGUAUAAAUAGUUCGACUGAACCCCUAGGGACGAAGACAUGGAGCCAAUGAGAAAUAUCUUAUAAACUUUUAGAAAUAAUUUUCCUUUAAUUUGUAUAAAACAAUCAGGUAAGCAAUACAGUCCCUAUGGAUCUCUUUUUACUGAAAUUAAAACCAUAACUCAUAUUACAUUGAAAUUGAGGGCUAGCAUUACUGAUGAAGUACAUAUAUUUCCUUGAACUUUUGAGAUCUAAGAUCUAAAGUCUACUGAAUUCUCUUACAGAUAAACCAUUAAUCAGACUAGAUAAGAUCUAAGUCUACUGAAUUCUCUUACAGAUAAAACACCAAUCAGACUAGAUAAGAUCUAAGUCUACUGAAUUCUCUUACAGAUAAAACACUAAUCAGACUAGAUAAGAUGUAAAGUCUACUGAAUUCUCUUACAGAUAAAACACUAAUCAGACUAGAUAAGAUCUAAGUCUACUGAAUUCUCUUACAGAUAAAACACUAAUCAGACUAGAUAAGAUGUAAAGUCUACUGAAUUCUCUUACAGAUAAAACACCAAUCA